AUUAAUCAUCAUGCCGCGAUGAGAAGUGAGGAGGAAAGUGGCUGGCUACUGGGUGGUGAGCUGGCUCUGGCUAGCAGCAUGUGUUUAUCCCGUUAUUAUAUAUAUAUAUACACAACCCAACACGUUCCUUAAGAGGGAUUGUGUGUUCACAACUGAGUCUGUUGGUCAAAGUUGAAGAAAAACGGGGAAAUUCAGUUCCCACUUUUGGUCAGAUAAGUUGACAUUCAAAAGCUGGAAAAUAACGGGAGAAAGAUUGGUCGUAGAAAGGCACCUAACAAUAAUAUUGUUGAAGGUGCAAAGCCCCCUGUUCUUCUGUGCUCAAGGUGGAGAAAGAGAUGGCUGAGAAUGGAAGGGUACAUCCAGAUUGUAUGAAUGCUUCAAACCCUUACCAUGAAUGUGGUGUAGCUUGCCUUGAAAGGAUUUCCCAAGGGAAGAGAAGGAAAGAGAAGAAACAGUCAGAUUAUCAUAAUGGUGUAAAUGAGGGUUGGUCUAGCAAAAACAAGGAUGAAGAAAGAAGAGCACAGCCUACUUGUCCCAAAGCAUCUAAUCCUUACCAUAAAUGUGAGGAAUUUUGUUCUAAUAGAACUGCCGAGGUCAAUCCCAAGGGGGUUGAAAAGGAAACAGGAGGAGCCCAGCCUACUUGUCCCAAAGCAUCUAAUCCUUACCAUAAAUGUGAGGAAUUUUGUUCUAAUAGAACUGCUGAGAUUAAUCCCAAGGGGGUUAAAAAGGAAACAGGAGGAGCACAGCCUACUUGUCCCAAAGCAUCUAAUCCUUACCAUAAAUGUGAGGAAUUUUGUUCUAAUAGAACUGAGAUUAAUCCCAAGGGGGUUAAAAAGGAAACAGGAGGAGCACAGCCUACUUGUCCCAAAGCAUCUAAUCCUUACCAUAAAUGUGAAGAAUUCUGUUCUAAUAGAACUGCUGAGAUUAAUCCCCGUGGGGUUGAAAAACAAUCAGAAAGAGCACAGACAUGCCCCAGAGCAUCUAACCCUUACCAUAAAUGUGACGAACUUUGUUCCAACGGAACUUUGGAGGCCAAUCCCCAGGGGGUUAAAAAAGAUUCAGGUUCCAUUAUUGAUGCUGCUUUAAGCUUUGGUAGAAAAAAGAAGGAAUCUGGAUCUCAGCAGAACUCUCCCCGAGCUGUUAACAAUGUCCCUGUGGUAAAAGCAGCUCGCCGUGGUCCAUCACCUCUUCCUACUAAAAAGCAUGAUGAAGCUGAGAAUAGUGGAUCGUUUUCCUCAUCUCAACAACGUUCUGAUGAAAGUUAUUCUGAAGAUCAUUCUUUUGACAAGGGGCCAGUUCAAUCCCCUGGACCAAUGCAUGUGUCUGGGAAUAUCACGCCUGAUCCUCCCAAGAGCCCUACAAGGCUUAGUUUGGCCUGCUAUAAAAUUCCAACACCAGCUGAGCCGCAACAGAAUGGGAAGCUCCAUGGUUCACCAAAGGCUGCUACAUAUCCUUCUGCUAACCAUGAGGGAAAAGUCACUGAUGGUCCUAUUUCCGAGUAUCUGGACUUCAGCUUUUCAGGCAUAUCUCGUGCUUCAGAAGAGAGUGACGAGGAAGAGGUUCAAUCUGUCAUCUCUGAUUCCUGUGUGUCGGUAGGGAAAUAUCACGUGAGAGAAAAUAUUGCCUCUAUUCUACAGUUAAUCUUGGACAAGUAUGGUGAUAUAGCAGCAGGCAGUCGAUUGGAAUCAGCUUCCAUGCGAGCUUAUUAUUUAGAGUGUCUGUGCUCUGUGGUUCAUGAGUUGCAGUGCACUUCUUUCAAGCAGUUGACAAAUUCCAAAGUUAGAGAAAUGUUGGCUGUUCUCAAGGACGUAGAAUCCGCACAGAUUGAUGUUAGUUGGCUACGGGAUAUACUCAAUGAUCUGGCCGAAGGCAUGGAGCUGAGCAGUCAGCAUCAAGCUGCGGAAGAAGCAAAAUCAAAGUGUGAUCAUGCUAUAGAGUCAAUAAAAAAAGAACUAGAAUCCAUGAUGGAGGAUCUGGCUCAAAAAGAGAAGGCAGUUGCUGAUGCUAAAGCACAAAUCUCUGAAACAAGAGAUCGCCUGAAUAAGCUAGAGCUCGAUUCUUCUCGGUUAAGUGAGACUAUUUCUUCAAUCUGGUCGACAGUCGAAAAGUUUCAUGACAAACCCUUGGCCGAUGAGAUCUUGUAAUGCAACUGCCAGGCAAAACAACAACUACUACCUGAUACUUCUUGUAUUCUAUGUGUUCCAUAUUUACAAUUUUACAGAAUUUAAUUGUAUGAAUCAAAUUACAAAAACAUGUAGAUGAUACUAGACAUGGACAUAGACAUUGUACUUUGGUAUGUUAUAAAGUUUAUUAGUGUAUUAUAAGUUCUGUGAA